AUGCGACGACUACUACUGUUGUGCACGCACCCCAUUGGCUGCUGCACCACCGCUACCGUAGCAGCGGCACCGGCGCUGGUGUUUGGCGCGCGUGGCAUUGCGACCAGUGGCCGUGUCACCAACGAGGACCGCCGCUGGUGGCUGGUGCACCUCGAGUGCGCGCCGGAUGUGACGGCCGGCACGUUUGUCUCAUGGCUCGACUGCUGCGGCACCCACACCACCAAGAAGCUCAUCGAGCGCAACAUCUGGACCAUCGAGCAGGUGGCCGAGCUCGACUCGGACCGCGUAGACGAGCUCAAGUACAGGGAGGGCUGCCUGAAGAUGGACAUCGUCUGGGAGCAUGCGCGCACCAUCAUCACGCCGCUGAAGCAGCGCGAGGUGAGCGGUGGUGUUGAGUCGCAACUGCAAAGUCGCAUUCUGGAGCUGCGCAAGAAACGAGAGCUGGAGCGGCAGCGCGAAUCAAUCGCGAAGGAGCGGGCGACGCUGAAUGACAGGCGUGAGGAGACGCUGCAGAAGUUGCGCGAGUCCAUCGCAGCGAGGAAAGCCGCGCUGCGCAGGAAGUUGGACGCGCAGCGCAGCGAGGCCGCACCAGCGGCUGCGGCUGCUGAGAGCACCUCGACGGAGGCACAUAAGGAAUCAAUGGAGGCAGCUGUGGAGAAUGAAUCUGUAGGCAGCGUUGUGGAUCGAAUGAGCGGCAACAAGCCGCCUCGUACCUAA